AUGACCUGCCCCGACUGUGGGGGAACUUUUGUCUGGGACGACGACGUCUGCUCUUCCAUCUGCACAAAAUGUGGUACCUUGUCUAAUUCUGCUCAGUAUGUCCUUGCUUCCCAUACAGAAUCCCAUGACUCUUCCGUGCGCCAGUUUCAACCUACUUCAUGGCUUUCCUCCUCUGCGGCUCCUCUCAAAAAUAUUCACAAGCAGGGAUGGAAUCUUGCUGGGCAGCACAAAGAGGCGCGUGACAGAGGGAACGCUAUCGCCAUGAGCAUUUUCAUCACAUCCGUCCUGACCAAGUUGAAAAAUCCCGGUCUGUCCCCACGUGCGGAAGCCAUCUUCACACAAGCUAUGACAAAGGGCAAAUACAGGUGGGGACGCAAGGCAAAGCUAGCUGCCGGUGCAUCCAUGGCCAUCGCCCUACGUGAGGCACACAAGUCGGAUUCCCUCCGCGACAUUGCCUUUUUCCUUGAUGACUCACCAUUGUCUCUGUCGCGCGCAUUUGUAGCCGUGGUAUCUCUUCUGGAUUUUGACCUAAGUUCAUCAGACCCAGUUGUUCAUCUUCCCAUCCUCCUGUCUCAUCUUCAGUCCUUAUUACAUCCUGAAGCUUCCACUUCUCAUCUACCUCCAGAUCUCGUUGCCAUCCUCACACCAUUGUCGCCUCAUGCGGUAUUGCGUACUGCUACGUCCCUAUCGGGUAUUAUCAGCCGAGAGGCUUGCGCUAUACCCGUACUGCAGUCUCCCACCCCUCCUAUUGCCUGUGCAAUGCUCAUUCUUGCACUUGAAGCGGAAACGCGCAGCCCCCUGCCUCACCUAAGUGAGCUGGCUAACGCGCUCGCGUCGCGCUUUGGCUUUGCGCGUGGUGUAGUUACAUCGCGUUACAAAGCAUCCUAUGAUCUAAUUGAGGAAUGGAUUCGAGAAGUCCCUUGGCUCGAUCAGUUCGUGUACAAGGGAAAGGGUCGUGGUCCCUCUGCUCGGUCGAAAGUUCCGAAACGCUCUAUUGUUGCGAAGGGGAUCAUAGAUGUCAUUCAAUUUCAAGAGGAGAUAUGGACGAAGAAAAUGUCCGCUCUUGGAAAGGCUAGUAUCGUAAUUGAGGCGGAUCCGGCAGACGACGACGGCAAGAAGGAUGAGGAGGCAUUUUUCUCGGAGACAUUUCCAAUCAGCGAGCCUCCUGAGCUUCGCCAUCACCAGCCCCGCAAGAAACGAAAGACAAAGGAUCAUAGCGUCGAGAAUGCGUAUCAUUUUCUGCUUAAUCCUUUGUCCGCGAAAUCUUAUACUCUGUCGAAUCCUAUGGUAUCCGAGGACUCGGGCGCUUCGACAGCACGUUCUGAUUCUUCCUCGCCUAUCUUAACACCGCCAACUGUUCCAUUUACGACGCAUCUCCUCAGUACUUUGUCGUACGAUUUGAAGCAUUCUCCUUCUCGUCUCCAGCUACUGGCUCUUAGCCGAGGUGGCGGGUCUGCGGAACACAUUCGAGACGACGAGUUAUUUGUAGACGGUGAACUAGAAGAGCUUCUUCGAAAUAGUGAGGAACAAGAGGCCUUGAAGCCACUAUUCCGACUGCAGUGGCAAGAAGAAGAUGACACAGUCGCAUACCACGCAGAUCGCGGACCACAAACCGCCAGAAUGGAGGUGAGUCGUGGCUCGGGACGCGUCGAUAUGGCAGCCCUGGCACGUAUUCUAGGCGGGAAGGAGGAGGAGGAGGUUGAUGACGAGGAGUGUGAGGUCGAAAGCGGAUUAUCGGCGCCGGCGACGCCAAGACACGUUCAAUCUGAUGCUGCCGAGGAGGUAAGCGCUUGGCGGCCCCUCUCGCCCGGGAAUGCUUUUUCGAAGCAUUGCACUAGUAUGGAUAGGUACGAAGAGGAGUACUGA